CGGCGCUGCAGCGCGAGGGGCGGAGAGGCAGAGCGCCGAGAGAGGACCAGACGCCCAGGUCGCCCGCAUCCCGGUGCCGCAGGACAGGGAAAGCGCGUCCCAGCCCUGCUCCCUGGCUUUCGCCCGGCGCCCUCAAUUGCCAGCGACCGACCGAGCACCUAUCCUGCGCCUCGGCCUCAGCUGAGCGCCCCCUCCUCCAGAGCGCACAGCUCCCCUGCAGCCUACGAAGUGUCUCAGCCUCUUGCCGGUCACCACCAUGGCGGAGACCAACAAUGAGUGUAGCAUCAAGGUGCUCUGCCGAUUUCGGCCCCUGAACCAGGCCGAAAUUCUGCGGGGGGACAAGUUCAUCCCCAUUUUCCAGGGGGACGACAGCGUCGUCAUUGGGGGUAAACCAUAUGUCUUUGACCGUGUGUUCCCCCCAAACACGACUCAGGAGCAAGUUUACCAUGCCUGCGCUAUGCAGAUUGUCAAAGAUGUCCUUGCUGGCUACAAUGGCACCAUUUUUGCUUAUGGGCAGACAUCCUCAGGGAAAACACAUACCAUGGAGGGAAAGCUGCACGACCCCCAGCUGAUGGGAAUCAUUCCUCGAAUUGCCCGAGACAUCUUCAACCACAUCUACUCCAUGGAUGAGAACCUCGAGUUCCACAUCAAGGUUUCUUACUUUGAGAUUUACCUGGACAAAAUCCGUGACCUUCUGGAUGUGACCAAGACGAAUCUGUCUGUGCAUGAGGACAAGAACCGAGUGCCAUUUGUCAAGGGCUGUACUGAGCGCUUUGUGUCCAGCCCGGAGGAGAUUCUGGAUGUGAUCGAUGAGGGGAAGUCAAAUCGUCAUGUGGCCGUCACCAACAUGAAUGAACACAGCUCUCGGAGCCAUAGCAUCUUCCUCAUCAACAUCAAGCAGGAGAACAUAGAGACCGAGCAGAAGCUCAGUGGGAAGCUGUAUCUAGUGGACCUGGCAGGGAGUGAGAAGGUCAGCAAAACUGGAGCGGAGGGAGCUGUGCUGGACGAGGCAAAGAAUAUCAACAAGUCCCUGUCUGCCCUGGGGAAUGUGAUCUCCGCGCUGGCCGAGGGCACUAAAAGCUACGUUCCAUACCGGGACAGCAAAAUGACGCGGAUUCUCCAGGACUCUCUGGGGGGGAACUGCCGCACCACCAUGUUCAUCUGCUGCUCCCCAUCCAGUUACAACGAUGCGGAGACCAAGUCCACGCUGAUGUUUGGGCAGCGGGCAAAGACCAUUAAGAACACUGCCUCAGUGAAUCUGGAGCUGACUGCCGAGCAGUGGAAGAAGAAGUAUGAGAAGGAGAAGGAGAAGACAAAGGCCCAGAAGGAGACCAUUGCAAAGCUGGAGGCCGAGCUGAGCCGGUGGCGCAAUGGAGAGAAUGUGCCUGAGACCGAGCGUCUGGCUGGGGAGGAUGCAGUCUUGGGAGCCGAGCUCUGCGAGGAGACCCCCGUGAACGACAACUCGUCCAUCGUGGUGCGCAUCGCGCCUGAGGAGCGGCAGAAAUACGAGGAGGAGAUCCGCCGCCUCUAUAAGCAGCUGGACGACAAGGAUGAUGAGAUCAACCAGCAGAGCCAACUCAUAGAGAAGCUCAAGCAGCAAAUGCUGGACCAGGAGGAGCUGCUGGUGUCCACUCGAGGAGACAAUGAGAAGGUCCAGCGGGAGCUGAGCCACCUGCAGUCAGAGAACGACGCUGCCAAGGAUGAGGUGAAGGAAGUGCUCCAGGCACUGGAGGAGCUGGCAGUGAACUACGACCAGAAGUCCCAGGAGGUGGAGGAAAAGAGCCAGCAGAACCAGCUUCUGGUGGAUGAGCUGUCGCAGAAAGUGGCCACCAUGCUGUCUCUGGAGACUGAGUUGCAGCGGCUCCAGGAGGUCAGUGGACACCAGCGAAAACGAAUUGCUGAGGUGCUGAACGGGCUGAUGAAGGACCUGAGUGAGUUCAGUGUCAUCGUGGGCAACGGGGAGAUUAAGCUGCCAGUGGAGAUCAGCGGGGCCAUCGAGGAGGAGUUCACUGUGGCCCGACUCUACAUCAGCAAAAUCAAAUCGGAGGUCAAGUCUGUGGUCAAGCGGUGCCGGCAGCUGGAGAACCUCCAGGUGGAAUGUCAUCGCAAGAUGGAAGUCACGGGGCGGGAGCUCUCCUCCUGCCAGCUCCUCAUCUCGCAGCACGAGGCCAAGAUCCGCUCACUUACCGAAUACAUGCAGAGCGUGGAGCUGAAGAAGCGGCACCUGGAAGAGUCCUAUGACUCCCUGAGUGACGAGCUGGCCAAGCUCCAGGCCCAGGAAACUGUGCAUGAAGUGGCUCUGAAGGACAAGGAGCCAGACACACAGGAUGCAGAUGAAGUGAAGAAGGCCCUGGAGCUGCAGAUGGAGAGCCACCGGGAAGCCCACCACCGGCAGCUGGCCCGGCUCCGCGAUGAGAUCAACGAGAAGCAAAAGACCAUUGAUGAGCUCAAAGACCUGAAUCAGAAGCUCCAGUUAGAGCUCGAGAAGCUUCAGGCUGACUACGCGAAGCUGAAGAAUGAAGAACACGAGAAGAGCACCAAACUGCAAGAGCUGACAUUUCUGUACGAGCGACAUGAGCAGUCCAAGCAGGACCUCAAGGGUCUGGAGGAGACAGUCGCCCGGGAACUCCAGACCCUCCACAACCUUCGCAAGCUGUUCGUUCAAGACGUCACGACUCGAGUCAAGAAAAGUGCAGAAAUGGAGCCCGAGGACAGUGGGGGGAUUCACUCCCAAAAGCAGAAGAUUUCCUUUCUUGAGAACAACCUGGAACAGCUUACAAAGGUUCACAAACAGCUGGUACGUGACAAUGCAGAUCUGCGUUGUGAGCUUCCUAAAUUGGAAAAACGACUUAGGGCUACGGCUGAGAGAGUUAAGGCCCUGGAGGGUGCACUGAAGGAGGCCAAGGAGGGUGCCAUGAAGGACAAGCGCCGGUACCAGCAGGAGGUGGACCGCAUCAAGGAGGCCGUGCGGUACAAGAGCUCUGGCAAGAGGGGCCAUUCUGCCCAGAUCGCCAAACCCGUCCGGCCUGGCCACUACCCGGCAUCUUCACCCACCAAUCCCUAUGGCACCAGGAGCCCUGAGUGCAUCAGUUACACCAACAGCCUCUUCCAGAACUACCAGAAUUUGUACCUGCAGGCCACACCUAGCUCCACCUCAGACAUGUACUUUGCUAACUCUUGUACAAGCAGUGGAGCCACAUCUUCCGGCGGCCCCUUGGCAUCCUACCAGAAGGCCAACAUGGACAAUGGAAAUGCCACAGAUAUCAAUGACAAUAGGAGUGACCUGCCGUGUGGCUAUGAGGCUGAGGACCAGGCCAAGCUCUUCCCUCUCCACCAGGAGACGGCAGCCAGCUAAUCUCCUACGUGGACGGCUGCAAACCUGCACUUUCAGUUUCUAAGAGGGACUGAGGCCUCUUCUCUCAGCAUGCUGCAAACCUGUGGUCUCUGACACUAACUCCCUCCCCGACCCCUGUUGUUCACCUGUACUAUGUUGGAGUCUUCUCUUACUUACCUGUAUCUCUUUGUACUCUGUAUCUUAUAUCAAAAGCUGCUAUGUCUCUCUUCUCUGUCUUACUCUCAAAGUACCUAACGAUGUAUCUAGUAAUUUCUAAGCAUAGUCUACCCUCCUCGUUUGGGGUAGUAGGGAGGAGGGCGAAUGUUCUUUUUUCUCUCUCAUAUACUCGUCUCUCACACUGAGUGGUGUUAGUCACUGAGUAGAGGUCACAGAAAUGAUAAAAGAAAAAACUGGAGCGCGAGGGCUGUGAUCCCUCUCACACACACACACACACUCAUGUGCACACACACGCACACACACACACAAAGCCUUAAGCAGGAGAAUGUCCUAGCAUCCUAAGAUGACAGAGAAAUAGACUCUUCCUUCCUCCUCUGGCUCAUGUAGCACGGGAGGGUAAGAUGGAAGGACGGCUAAAUUAUACACAGACUUCUUCAUCCACCCCUCACCUGAAUCGGGAUUCCGGGUGUUCACCUGGGCCUUCCAAAGUCUGCCUUCCACUUCCCUCUCGCUGUUUUCCCCUGGACUAAAAAGCGCUCAUUGCUCAAGGGACCUUUCCCCUGUCUCUUGGGAGGUCCUUUUGAUAUUCUCUACCCCCCCCCAUCUCAGCACCACAACCGAGCUGAGGAAAGAUACUUGGAAAAGCCAGGGAGGCAGACCCCUCCCCCCGGGCUGUUGAGGCUGCUCAUCUGCCCAUGGGGAUAGUUGUGGGCACAGGUGUGGGGGUGGGCCUUCCUAAGGACUUCCGGUCGCAGUGCCCUCAGGGAGAAGCCAGGAGCAGAUUCCUUUCUCUACCCCACAUUGGGUUGCACGUUCCUCUCAUCUCCACCUUUCGGUCAGAGGCUUCCGGUUCACUGGCAAAAUAUUGCUUGGUAAAUGCCUCCUUCCAGACUGGAACCUGACUUUUCCCCAGCAUACAUAUUUCCCCCAAAGAGUUCCUUUCCUCCUGUCCCCAUCUGGUAUUAAGUGCACUUUAAAGAAGGGGGCAGGGCAGAUUUCUAGAGGUAGAGGAGCCGAAGGGCUUGACCCCAGGGUUCUUGCCUGGCCCUUCUCAGCCGUGUACCCUCUUUCCCAUCAUCGGAGGACCGCUGUUUUAGUUCUAGAUGGUCCUUUCCUUCCACAUGGUGCUAAGGUGGUUUCCCAGGUAACGGCAGGGGCGAAGGUGGCCAGCCAGGCCAUGAACAGAAGUCUGGCAUCCAGAUACUUAGUCUCAUGUAGGAUGAAAGACCAGCACCCUCCAGCAGCUUCUUCUCAGUCAGGAAGGAAAGCUCAGUGUGGGUACGAGCUGGUAAACAGAAGCUGUGCUGGCCCCAGAACUCCUUUCAGGGCAAGUCCCUGCUCCCUUUUCCUGUCGGGCCCCUUUUAGCAGUUAAGGAGAAACGCAGGGAAAAAUAAAAACAUACCAGAGGGGCAUGGAAUAAAUCUGGAGUGGUGAUUUUCAAACAUUUUUCAAAACAAAUCUUAUACAGAACCCCGACAUAAAAAAGUAAUGCAGACCUGGGCAGUCUGUAUUAUUAUUAUUAUUAUUGUUAUUAUUUUGGUGGAAAAUGCUUUAUUAGUUGAGGAGCCCUUGAAUAGUCCUAGGAGACCCCAAAGGGGGCCUCUCCAUAGAGUCAUUUGGAAACCACUGCUCUGAGGAAGGGGGUCCAACCUGGUUCCCCUACACCAAACCUACAACUGAGAGGAAAGGGGACAGGGGGUGGAUGAGACGCACUGUCCCCAGACCCAGUGGAGAGGAAGACACCUGCACGCCUGUGGACUUAGCUGGCAUCUGCCAGCAGGGCACCUAUGGAUCAGGGGCUUUAUGUAAUCUUGCCACCAAUGGUUCUUUCAGAAAAUACACAGGAAAGGUGAAGGUGUGAGGCAGAUGAGAAGAGAGGGGACAGAGGAGCAGCCUUCUCUUUGGCAAGAUGUAAGGGAAAUAAUUCACUUAUGUAAGAAACAGCACACAUGACCCUUCACUGGAAGCUUCACAUUACACAAUCCUCCUCCUCUUCCUGCUCCUUACCUUCACGGCAUCCCUUUCAGAGAGCCAGGGUCACCACAAGGGGCACCUGGCCUGCCCACUCACAUCUGCCAAAAUGUUGCAUGCGCGCGUGGAAGACAAACUGAACCGCACAAACCCCAGUGUGUAUUUACUUGGUGUACAUAGAAUCUUUAAAAUAAAAUAAAUCAA